UUCAAAUGGGCAUACGGCCUUACAAUAGCGAAGGUGCAUUGUGCCGUCGUGCGCAAGGUCAAAGGUUUGCUUAACGAUAGUUUAAAUAGACUUCGCUACAUUGUGACCUCAUCCUACAGAUAGCCGUUGACGCUAUGGUCGGUCAGCAACGCUUUGCUCUCCUGCUGUUUGCCUUCUCUGUGUCUCUCGUGCUGUUAGCUGAUGGAGUGGAUGGAAGCACUGUAACUAGAGUCAAGCCUAAGUAUGGCAGCAAGAGAGGAGGGACCAAGUUUUACCUGUUCGGCACGUUUGACAACGAGUGCCUGAAUGCUAACGGCUAUGACGUGAAGUUAAUCAGGAGUGAUGUACAGGUCACCUAUCCCCUGUUUGUGGACACCGCUGGGAGUUCAGCUGCCUCCAUCAGUGUCACUUACAGGGGUUUGGAGACUAUGUUGCCGGGCGACUACUCCUUUAGUGUCACCGGCUGUGACGGCACCAAGUUUCAGUGUGUUGGAAGACCUUGCACAGUUGAAAUUGAUGAUUGGGCAACUCCAAACAUCGAUAAAUUGAAUGCUACGACAGGACCACCUGGCAUGUUGUUGGAGAUAUGUGGAACAGUGAGGACCAAUAGCAGUGGAAGUAGCAAUAUCGAAGGAGAUGGCAACCCAGUAUUGAGAAAUGCAACACUGAGUUCAGAUGACACUUGUGAGUUGGUGGACCCGGCAACAACUGAAGCGUAUGGCUUAAAUGUCAAUGAAGAUGAUUAUGGCUGCUUCAAAUGUAAGAUGCAGGGAGGUUACAUUGGGGAUUUAAGGGUCAUGUACUAUGUCUCUAUCUAUGGAAAUUCAUACACAGCACCUAACUUAAUCAAGGUGUCAGGAAGUGAUAACCUGUAUUUGAUUCAAACAUACGCAGUCAUCCGGAACCUGUCAGCCAACACGGGGAGCACUGAGGGAGGACUGUACCUUCGGGUGGAUGGUGACUACCUGACUGGAGCAGGUGACACCCCACCCAGGAUACAGAUUGGAGAUUCUCCCUGUGCCCAGUUGCUGUUUGGAAGUGGCAGUUUUCUCUGCGUGACACCCCCUGAACAGCCUCAAAGACCAGCUUACCCAGGGAAUCGUGGUCUAAAUAUGGAACACUGGAGUGGCAAAUCCAAUGGCGAGAUCCACAAUUCCAAAGAAGCAAUCAACUUUACCACGACACCUGAUAGUAUUAUCUGGACAGACGACUUUCAGUUUGAAGACGACACAGAAGACAACUUCAUCCGCCGCAUCAAAGGCUUUUUCGUCCCACCAAAGACAGCAGGGUACACAUUUUAUCUCCGUGGAAAUGACAAAUCCUAUCUCUGGCUCAGCACCUCCGCUGACCCUGCAGAUGCAGUUCUGAUUGCAUCUUGUGAAGGAGGGGCCAAGGGAUAUGACACCUACCCUACCCAAGUGUCCAGCGAGGUCACCUUAGAGGCUGGACAGUCGUACUACAUAGCAGCGGUAGUUGGAGAAUACUCUAAAUUGGCAAGACUGAGAGUGGCUGUCAGGAUGAAUAUGUCAAGUCACACUGAUGAGGAAACCUUCCAGGCCCUGCAAGAAAAACAGACCUUCCAACUGAGGUCUGCACAUGAACCUGAGAAACAGGUUGUCACCGUAGGGAGUUGGUCAGCUGGGUCAGCCACACCAGAAGUCCAGAGGGUUGUAGUGGAUCCAGCCCAGCCAUUCCAUCUCUGCUUUAGAGGUGUCUGCACCACCCAGUUGGAUUUGAGCAGUGGAACUUCGGCAACAGUGAUCGCAAACCAGCUGAAUAAGCUCCCAAGUAUCAAACCUAGUGCUGUGUCUGUGGCGUCCUCCACUGCCGGCACCUUUGACGUCACCUUCCCUGGAGACCAAGGUGACGUUGAUGACCUGGAGGUACGAGACCCUCAAGGUCAGAGUGUUCAAGGUGCCACCAUCACAGAAACCACUUCUGGUGUUGCCUCCUAUGACAAACUGUACUUCAAGAUGGAAGAUGUCUACUCUCCACCAAUAAAUUAUGAUGCAUCGGCUGCACAGAUUCAGUCGGCUCUGCAAGAGAUGUUCAGUGUACGAUGUCACCCAGCACUGACCAAUGGAAACCCCCUGUUCAGUAAUGAUUACGAAUCUGAUCCCAAUGCUUGGGCCAUGGAUGAACCUUUCUGUGGACGCUACAGUGGCAAAAAUGUCAACAACCUCGUCAGUUCUCAAAACAUCCUUCUCAGUCCUUCCAACAUGUUUCUGUGCUUUGCUCACAGGGGAGUGGUAGCAGCUGGCGCGGUCACUCUCACCAUCCAAUACUCCUUCACCUCUGGAAGACAGUUGGUCACAAAAUCCCAUGCACAGACUGUGGGGAACAUAGAAUGGGAUGAGAGAUGGCGCUACGACUGCCAUGACGUGAAGGCCGCGCUGCCAAGCAUAGCCGAAAAACUGAAAUCUAUUGCUGUCUCAUCCACCACCUCUCUGGAGGAGGUCUUCUUUGAUCAGGUCACGCUGGAGACAUCCUCAAGAGCUGCUGGCAUUAGUGGAGAUGUCAACCUUCUUAGGCUUCUUCCCCCACGUUCUAGCCAGUUCAUGAUGGCAAAUGUGGAAGUUUCUGGGUCAUUCAGCAGCUUCAGCGUCAGCAUGAUGCCAUACAACUGUGAAGACAACUUCCCUCUGUUGCAAAUCCAUGGGCUACCAGUUUCGGGAAAGACCUUGUCAGUAACACAAGCACAGAGUGCGUCACCGAGGAUUACGGGAGAAUUCACUGUAUCCCUUGGUGAAAGUUCAGUCCAAGUGCCAGUAAAUGCAACAGCUACCAAGUUUCGAGAGAGACUGGAGACGUUGGAAGGCAUUGGAACUGUGAGCGUGCGAAGAGAAAACCUCUGUCACAACUACACAUGGAUUGUGGACUGGGAGUCUGCUGGAAAUAUUCCAUUACUGAACGUUGACUACUCUGGGUUGCUACCAGCUAACGCUGCUAAUGUCACAGCCUCGGAAGAAAAUGGCGGCACCUUCUUUGACCCAAUUCCUGGCGAUUUGUUGAGGACUUACCACACGGAGCAACAGCUGCAGGCAACCAUCAAUAAUGUUCCUGUCCAUUGCCAAGGCGACUGCACAUACAGGAGUAGCUCGGCACAGACGCCUUCUAUCACUGGGACGUCACCUUCUCUGGGAUCAGCACUGGCAGACACUAAUCUCACCAUCGAUGGAACUGGCUUCUCCACCCUUGCUGCCAACAACACUGUGAUGAUUGGGGGAGUCGCGUGUGAAGUCAUCAGUGCCGGAUCAUCACAGCUCGUCUGCAGAGUAGGAAGAGGACAGGCUGGGACCUUCAACGUGUCCGUCACAGUUAAAGGGAAAGGUCUGGCCAAGCACGUUGGUGGACCUCACAACUUUACAUAUGACAUGCAAGUGACCGGGAUUUCCCCCAGCAGUGGAAGUGUGGGAGGUUGUACUUUGGUGACGAUCAGUGGAACAGGAUUCAGUGGCGCCAGUGUUGACGUAGGAGGACAGCCCUGUGAUGUAGUAACCCAGAAAUAUGCAGAGAUUAUUUGUAGGACACCUGCUGCCGCUGCAGAGGGCAGUGCUGUGGUUGAAGUGACACAGGCAUCAGGCAGUAGCGUCAGUCCUGCCAACUUCACCUACAAUGCUUCAGUGACUCCUGUGAUUUACAGUGCUGACUUCACUUCUACUCCAUCUUGUGUAACUGGCGGUGUAAAUCUGACCAUCAAUGGCACAGGGUUCGGCAGUCAGGCCAGUGGAUCAGGUGCCCUGAUGAUAGGGUCCCAGGAAGCCAUCAUCAUCACCUAUAACGACACCAUGAUUACAGCACGUUUGCCGCCAUUGCCACCAGGGUCGCACACCAUCAAGCUCCGGGUCGACCCAGCAGGAUGCGCAGAUCUCGUGACCCACAGCAUAUCCACAUAUGACUGUCAAUAUGAAGUGGUCAGCCUCCAUCCAGACCAGGGCUCCAUUGUAGGAGGGACGCGGGUCAUUGUGACCGGUCAAGGGUUCACUAGUGGCACCGUAGUCAGUUUUGAUGGCACCGUUUGUGAUAUAAAUAGCCGGAACACCACUCACAUCUGCUGCACCAUGAAUCCUGGCACCAGGACACAUGUGGUCAGGAAAGAGGUUGAAGUAAUACGGGGCGUACCAUCCUUUGCUUGGAAACCGAAGGCGCUGACAGUCAGAGUUGGCGAAAAGGUUCGAUGGGAGUGGCAAACUGACCCCACUAUCACCAGUUACAAAUUCCGUGUAGAGCAGACGGCAGACGUCAAUGCAGAAUCUUACGAUGGCACUGGCUUCAGAAGUGGUUCCACCUCCAGUGGAACAGGUGUCUACGAGUUUCAGUUUGGUAAGACAGGCAUUUACACCUAUUGGAGUGGCUACGUGGACAGCCUGAACCAGACCAUAAUGAGGGGGUCUGUACAUGUGGUGCCACCUACAUCCUGGUCCGCUACUCUACGAGUAUCAGAUGGCUCGAUUGAAGCCUCCUACGACACCAGUUCAGGUGUGACUGUCAGUAGUGGGUGCCCUACAGAAUCCUGCAGUGAAAACACCACAGCACUACACGCCACGUGUAACACCACCAAGCCAACAUCAGACGACAACUCCACCUUCCACUUUGCAUUCUGGGAAUGCAGCACUGCUGUUGUUGACUCUAUCACUCCUAAUGAUGGCACACCCGACACUGAAUUUGUCAUUCAGGGUCGUGGAUUCAGUGAUGAGGCUUGUGAAAACGAGGUCAUGAUCGGUCAGUACAGUUGCCAUGUCACCUUCUCUAAUGAAUCCGUGAUAACUUGUCGUUUGGCCAAUGGGCAAGAGUUCCCGCCAGGCACGAGGACACCAUUUACUGUGAAUAUUGCCAAUAGAGGGAGCGCACUGCUGAAAAUGAGGGAAAUUGAUGCCAGGACGUUCAAGAUGUGCCCAAGAAUUGACAACAUUAGUCCCACCAAUGGUUCCUUGGCAGGUGGAACUCGUCUCACCAUAAAUGGCGCUGGGUUCACAGAUACCUCCAUGGUGCGUCUGCUGGGCGGUGGUUCAUGUGACAUCACACAUUUGAAUUACACCAGGAUCGUGUGCGAGACUGGCCCAAGCCAAGCCGCUACCAGUGCUGUCAUGGUGGAGGUGAACGGCUGCCUCUCAGCGUGCUCUCCAACCAACUGUACCUUUCAGUUCUCCUCAGCUGAAACACCAACGCUUGACUCUGUGACACCUUCUAGUAUACAGGGAGAUCAUGCAACUCUGACCUUAGCUGGGACGAAAUUUGGCACAGAUCCUGCUGCUGUUGACAUCACAGUGGGCGGAGUAGGUUGUCUGGUGGACACCAUUACUGACACAAAUAUUGUGUGUAACAUCACAUGCGUUCCUGCAGGCCAGCAACCAUUGGUGAUGAGAAUUAAUCCGCAAGGCUCCCCAUCAACAAGUAUCACACAUGUGAAAAGUGAUUAUGUGGUAUCUCACAGCUCCAUCAGCGCUGGUAGUCUGAAAGGUGGAACUGAGGUAACCACCACAGGAAGUGGAUUCUCAGACGACAUCAGCAUCACAUCAGCGGGUAGUGGUGCAUCCUGGGAAGUGGUCUCCAGCACCUGUACCUCCAUCACAGCGCGCAGUCCACCUCCUGCCAGUGCACAGGAUCAUUCCGUCGACGUGCAGAUCCAGAAUAACCCCAGCAGACGGCGAAGAGCGACUGAAGUUCGCCCCAAGAGGGCUGUUGGUUCCACAGAUUUCCCAACAUUCCAGUUUUCUUACUCCCAGCAGGCUACUCCUGUGGUUGAAAGCAUUAGUCCUAGUUCUGGGAUAGGGGGCACCAACCUCACAAUUACAGGACAAAGGCUUGGGUCUCCAACAAGUGUGACAAUUGAUAGUGUACCUUGCCUCUUGUUGGACUCGAAUGCCACCACAGUGCUCUGUAUGGCGGGAGACCAUCCUGCUGGUGACUACGUACCUGAGGUGAUUACUGUGCUGGGUCGCGCAGACAACACCCAGCGCUUCCUGUACACGCUUCAAGUGGACAGUGUGGCACCAACCAAUGGGAGCUUUGGUGGAGGCCAAACCCUCACAGUGCAAGGCAUAGGAUUCUCCAGUAGCAGCACCAGAAUUACUGUUUGUGGCAAACCCUGUAGUCCUGUAACAGCCUCGGCCAACAGUGCAGCCUGCCCAGUGCCAGCCUCUGACCAAGACGCCAGCGAUGGCGAUACCACCUGUAAUGUAGAGGUUUACGUCAACAAUGUUGGUGUGAACGCCUCCCAGAGCUUUGUUUAUGUUGCUGCUUCAACUCCAAACAUUACUUCAGUGAGCCCGUCCCGGGGCGGGACAGGAGGCGGGACAAUGUUGACCAUUCAGGGAACCAGAUUUGGGGAUUCUGAGUCCAACAACGUUGUGACAAUAGACGGCGUAGCAUGUGACAUUCAGAGUGCCAAUGCUACAUACAUCGUGUGCAGAACUGGGCAGCAUUCCGGCACAAUAGAGACCAAAGUGAGACUGGAGGUGGACGAUGUUGGUAUUGCUCUACAGGACAACGCCCAGUUCCACUACAUUGACCUCUGGUCAUCUAUCUUCACCUGGGGAGGUGGUCCACUGCCUAGGGCCGGAGACUUUGUGGUCAUCAGUGCUGGACAGACCAUCCUGCUGGACAUGGAUACACCUGUGCUUGCCGUUCUGCUUAUUAAUGGUGGAAAACUUGUGUUUGAUAAGCAAGAUCUUCAGCUGAAUGCAGAAAAGAUUCUUAUAACCGCAAAUGGCAGCCUUGAGGUGGGUACAGAGGCAGAACCCUUCCAACAUAAUGCCGUUAUUAUGUUGCAUGGUGACCUGAUUGAUAAAGAACUGCCGAUUUAUGGAACCAAAAUGAUUGCAGUCAGGAAUGGAACAUUGGACCUACACGGUAUACCUAUUCCAACAACAUGGACUCGCCUGAAUGAGACAGCCGCGGCAAAUGCAGCAUGUCUUACCUUGCAGCUCCCAGUCACAUGGCAGCCAGGUGACGAGAUUGUCAUAGCAACCACAGGACUGAGGCACAGCCAGGGAGAGUCAGAGAAGCGGACAAUUCACAAUGUCAGUAGUGAUGGCCAUGUGGUUUGCCUAACACAGCCCCUGACACAUGAACACUUGGGUAUAUCAAGGACUGUAGGUGGUGUGACUGUGGAGCUACGAGCAGAAGUGGGAGUGCUGACGCGCAAUGUCAAGGUGAAGGGAUACCGUCCAAUGCAGUGGGCAGAUGAAAUUGAAGCAUGCGCCGCAGGGUUUAACACUGGUGAGUUUGUGAUGCAGACGUGCUUCCAAGGCCGGUUUGGUGCAGAAACUGGCUCAGACCAAUUCGGUGCCCACACAAUCAUCAGUCCAGCAGAGGGCGACAGUAACAGUGCCAGGGCCAGGCUCUCCUAUGUGGAGUACAACUAUGUUGGACAGGCAUUCAGACUAGGGCGCUAUCCCGUCCACUUUCACCUGCUCGGAAACACCUCCUAUGAGAACAACUAUGUGCGUGGCUGUGGCUUCCAUGAAACCUUCAACAGAGCAGUCAAUACACAUGGCACCCACCAUGUGCUUUUGGAGCAUAACGUAGCCUUCAAUGUCAUGGGCGGUGCCUUUUUCCUGGAGGAUGGCAUAGAAACAGGGAACAUCAUGCAGUACAACCUGGCCAUCUUUGUCAAAGCCAGCACCAGUUUGUUGAAUGAUGACAUCACCCCUGCAGCGUACUGGAUCACCAACCCUAACAAUACUGUACGUCACAAUGUUGCUGCAGGAGGAACCCAUUUCGGUAUUUGGUACAGAAUGCACGAGAAUCCAGAUGGUCCAUCUUAUGAUCCCAAUGUGUUUCCACGCCUAGCACCACUGGGAGAGUUUACUAACAACACUGUGCACUCUCAAGGCUGGUUUGGUAUAUGGAUAUUUCAGGAUUACUACCCGAAUGAACAAGCAGUUUUCGAAGGUUUGACAGCCUGGCAUUGUGAGAAAGGUGCGGAGUGGGUCAUGGCAGGAUCGUUAAAAUUUAACAACUUUGUGAUGUACGACAACGAGAAAGCUGGCAUCGAAAUGAAGAGUGUUGUGAGAACAAGCCAUGUAUUCAGCGACCAAGGCCCCAUGAUUAGCAACUCCAAAAUAAUUGGAAAGUCCGAUUCCAGCGAGGCCUGCACACAUUUUGGGAUAAUCCUACCUUUUGCUCAAGGUCUUAAAGUAGUUGAUACUGUGGGAAUCAAUUUUGCUGAUGCCACCUGUAACUUCAUGAGGGUGACAAGCAUAGAUGGCACGUGUGGUAAUUUGUGUGGUGGAUGGGAACACAGAUUCUCCGGAAUGUCAUUUGUCAAUACUCCCAAUAAAAUGUCCUGGCGAUGGACACAUGAAGGCGUCCUCAAUGAUACAGAUGGAACACUAACAGAGACAGGCAAUGCAGCGGUUGUGGUAGCCCAUAACCCCACUUUGGAUUCAUCCAAAUGUUCUCAGUCAGCAGAAUUCAGUAAAGGGAAAGUGAAUGGAUACAUCUGUCCCCAGACAGAAAGGUUUGUCAGAUUUGCCUUCAAUCACAUCCAUCCGUCGUCCCUGAACUACAAAGAUGUCAACUUUACCAACAGCCACGGCACCACCUUAAGUCCCUGGGCUUUCAAGAGGCUGACCCACAAAGAGGGCUGGAUGGUGAACCUGCAGUGCGGGAAACAGUACAUGCAAAGCUUCGUGAACGCACAGCAACUGGUCAACAUAUCCUAUGAUGGAAUGAUGUAUGGUUUAGAGGAGGAUUGCAAGAUAAUUAUUUGUCAGAAUAUGGACCAGAAGCCAGACAGAGUGGUUGUACUUGGGACUGAGGUCACAUUGGACAGUUCACAUUCACAGCCACUGAGUUUUUCAACCAACACUAAUGGUGACAUCUCCUAUAAUGAUGCUGACAACAUACUUUGUUACAUGGUGUCUGGACUUCCUAACCAGCCAGCAGGCUCAAUGAGAGAAGCAGGUCGAAGUAACCAGGAUCUCCGGUUCAGUGCCUAUCAGUGCUUUUACGCUGGUUGCCAAGCUCCUGCUGAUCCCAACGAUCUGGCUCCAGUUGACCAGCGUCCAUCUACAGCUAAGAUGUGGUCAGCAACUACAACCUGGGCAGGCACCAUUGAUGAAAAUGGCGUCCAGUACCAAGUGUCGUCCGGAGCAGCCACUGGGUCUGGGCCUCUGCCAUCAGAUGGAAAUGUCAGGAUUGUAGAUGGUGAUUGGGUGGUAGCUGACACCACUCUCCCCAGAUUUGACAAGCUUGAACUCCAUGGUGUGUUGGAACUGGAGUUUGCCCAAAUGCCUAACAGCAAUAACUACUACGACUUUGUCAUCAAUGCAGAGAUCAUUUACAUCAGGUUCCCUGGUCGCCUGAUAGUUGGUUGGCCAAACAACGUGUUCAAAGGCACGGCAGAAAUCAUCCUUCGGGGAUCACAUGCAACACCAGUGUACGUGCCUGACGGGAGCUCACCCAACGUGGGUUCAAAGGCCAUUGCUGUAUUUGGAGGGCUUGAUCUUCAUGGAGAUGAUAAGGGGGUGUCAUGGACGCAGCUUUCCCAGACGGCUGACGCUGGAGCUAAUUCCCUCACGCUGAAGGAUGACGUUAGCCAGUGGGAGGUUGGCGAUGAGAUUGUGGUGACACCUACUGGAUACAAACCUUAUGAGACUGAGAUCUUCAAACUGACAUCUGUGUCUGGGAAUACUAUUGGGUUGAACUCCACUUUGGCUCAUAAACAUUUAGGAGUGGAAGGCACCAUCAACAACAUUCCCUACGGUAUAGUAGCUGAGGUGGGACGCCUCACCCGAAAUAUCAAGGUUAGGGGAGAGGAGUACAGUGGUCUAAUUACAGAGGCGUUUGGAGCUCGUAUCUUGGUAUCAACUCAGUCCACAGUGGACUCUCAAAAUAACGUCAACGUUUACAGAGGUUUUGCUCGUUUCACCAAUGUUGAGUUCAUCCACACGGGGCAGGAGGGCUACAACGAAGACUACGACCCACGUUUCAGCUUGGCAUACAUGUCGGCUCAGACUGUUAAUGACAAGAAACCAUCGUAUGUGAAGAAAUGUGCCUUCCACCAUGGUUUAGCCACAGCCAUUGGUGUGUUUGCAACAAAUAGUGAAAACCCAAGACUUCAUGCGCUGGAGAUUGAGGACAAUGUGGUACAUCACACUAUAGGACCUGGAAUCCGUAUCGCAGGAACAAAUCACACUCUUAAGCGUAAUUUGGUCACCAUGACAGUUUGGCCUGGAGGCUAUCUGAAUAGAGCGGAGCUUGCCAACUUUGAUUUUACCCCUGGUAUUAUGGUGUCGGAGUCCAUCCGUCUCACAAUGAAGGAUAACAUCGUCGCAGGAUCGGAAAGAGUCGGAUAUCAAAUCAGUGGUAUGUAUAUUAACUAUUUCAUGACUUUUUUUCCAAUUACUCUUCAUUGACUUACUCCUCUUUGUUAUUUAGAUAUUUUAUUUUAAUUUUUUGACAUUUCUACUUUUUCGUUCAGGAUGUUAUAUGUUUUAGACAGCCAAAUGAGUUUCACAUGGAAAAUUGUUUUUCUGUCUCAUAUCCCCAGCAGACAAACAACAUUGAUUCACCAUUGUAUCAACGUUAAUUUUGGUGGAUCACUGUUGAAUCAACGUAGAAUCAAUGUCGUUUGCCUGCUGUGUCCAUAGUAAAUGAUAAAAAAUAAACUGUAAUUUUCAUCUAUAUGGAGACUUGAUCACACAGCUGUAUCAACAAAAAACAGAAAAACAUGCAUAUACCAGAAAAACAUGCAUAUACCAAUUACUUUCAUUAAUAUUCUCCAUCAUAACUAUUUACAGAUCCAUGCAGUGACAUUUAUUUCUCCUUUUUAUGUACAGACACAGAUGUGUCUG